AUGUCAACACUUCUAUCAUCAUGGAAGCAAUUCCAAUUGUUUGAUUUCACACCAAUACGUGAUCCCAAUUAUCAAACAGCAGAUGCACUUUAUUCCGAUCCCACAUUAAGUGCAAUCACAGCAACGAAAUCAAACUAUUUGAUCAUUGCCAUUAAUAAUUCUAGUUUAAAGAUCGUCAAUGCUAAAGAUUUAACCACAUUAGGGACAUUUAUGAUCUAUGAUGUUGAUUAUCGAAUUACAUUCCUUUCGCCCCUUAAUAAUUCGAAUAAUUUGAUUAUUUCAUUGGCUGAAAAACAAGGAUCUCCAAGUAUUAUAAAAUUAUGGGAUAUAAAUAAAUUAUUAGAAUUACAAGGAGAAGUUGAUGAAAUUGAUUUUCAAUAUAAGUUUCAAACUCAGGUGCUGGUAAGUAAUGGUGAUAAUUCAUUUCCUAUAAGUUGUUUUAAAUUUACUUUUGAUUUGACAUGUCUUGCGUUGGGUUAUACUAAUGGGAAAGUGAUAUUAGUACGAGGUGAUUUAUUGCGAGAUAGGGGAGCAAAACAGAGAGUAAUAUAUGAAAGUAAUGACCCAAUUACUGGGAUCCAGUUUAAUGAGAAAGAAAUGGUAUUGUACAUAACCACCACAUCGAAGAUCUUGACAGUUUCAACAACAGGAAGAAAUCAAGGGAAACCUACCCAAGUAUUAUCCCUGAAAACUGGUGUAGAUUUGAAUUGUACUGAUAUAGAUACGGAAAGCCAGGAUUUGAUAGUAGGAUUACCUGGAGCAAUACGGUAUUAUAAUCAUAUAAAUAAAUUAUCCACUAUAAAUUUCGAUACACCAAAACUGAAAAUUAUGAAAUUUGAAUCUCAAUCAAGUUCAAAAUCAUCAUUUUUAUUGAUUGUAAGUCCUCAACAUGAAGAUACUACUACAAAGACAUUAAUGACAAGAAUAAUUAUUCUAGAUUUGGUUAAUAUGUAUAUUUCCUUCAAUAUUCUUAUCCCCAGUACUCUCAUAAAUUAUGUGUUUUUGUUACAGGGUGACUUAUAUUUAUUAUCUGCCGAUGGGGUGUUGUAUAAAUUACAUGAAAAGCCAAUAAAUCAACAGAUUGAAUUGAUUUUACAAAGAGAAUUAUUCCAAGUGGCUUUCAAUCUUGCCAAACAACUGAAACUGUCCACCGAAGUAUUAUUGAGAAUCAAAAAAUUACAUGGAGAACAUCUUUAUGAUGCCCAAAAUUACGAGGAAUCAGCAGAAGUGUUUACCAAAUGUUUAGAAUUAUUUGAUAAUAAACAAGUAGGAAAUGAUGAUGAAGAAGAUUUAGAUGAUUUUGUGAUGAAUAUUAUUACCAAGUUUAAAGAAGCUACUAAUAUUGCUAAUUUAACUAAAUUUUUAACAAGAUUGCAUGAAAUGGGAAUAGCUAAUAUCGAUCAUGUAACUUUAUUACUUUGCUGUUUUUGUAAACUAAAACAAGUUGAAAAUAUUGAUAAAUUUAUUGAUGAAUUAGAUGUUUCUAUGAAUUUCCAAGAUUUGAAUUUUCAAUUAAUAAUUAAUUUAUUUAAAGAAUGUGGAUAUUUCCAACAAGUUAUUAAAUUACUUUAUAAAUUAAAUCAACCAAAUUUAAUCGUUGAUAUUCAGUUGUAUGAUUUGAAAAAACCAAAACUUGCAUUAAGUUAUAUUAAAACAUUAACUAUUGAUGAAUUAUUAUUAAUAUUGAUUGAUCAUUCAAAGUCAUUAUUAGAUUCAUGUCCGAUAGAAACCACCGAAUUGUUGAUUAACGUCUUUACCGGUAAAUAUCUCCCACAUGAGAGUCAGGAACCACUUGUUAUUGACAAAGAAGAAACCCAAGAAGCUUCUAUGAAACUUACAAACUACCAAGCAUUUGUAAACUACUUAUCAGGACUGAGUGAAGAAGAACCAGAACAAAAAUCAAAUGAACCUACUUAUUUACCACCUCGUCCUAGUUUGAUCUAUUCAAGUUUCACGGGACAUCCUAAUGAGUUUGUUAUCUUUUUGGAGGCAUGUAUUGAAACUUUUGAUAGGUUCCAAGGAAAUAUUGCUGACAAAAAGGAAACGCUAUUGACUUUGUUGGAAAUGUAUCUUUCCAUUCAUCAAGCUUCAGAUGAUAAAGAAUGGUUAACUAAAGCUGAGUCAGUAGUUACUCAGUAUGGAGAAAUCCUUGAUAAUAAAUCAUUAUUGUUGUUGAGUCAUUUGUAUGAUUUCAAACAUGGAGAAGUCAUUGCUAAAGAGAAUUCACAAAUGCAAGAAAGUUUAUUAACCAGUUAUCAAAUAGCUGAAGAUGUGGAUGGAUGUUUUGAAAUUCUUAAGAAAUUCGGGGAUACUAAACCUGAAUUAUAUAAAUCAAUGUUGAGAUUUCUUAUAUCCAAGAAAUCAAUAUUUGAAAAAGUUAACAUAAAAGAUUUUCAAUAUAUCCUUGAUCGUAUCAAUUUCUUUAAAUUAAUGAAUCCCCUUGAAAUCUUACAAGUACUUACAGAACAACCCGAAAAUGAUUAUAUUACAUUAGGAUUAGUAAAAGAAUAUUUCAUGGAUUAUUUCAAACAAAAAAACAAAGAGAUUAUCAAUAAUGAAAAAUUAAUUGAAAUGUAUGAACAAGAAUCAACAAAAAGUUCAUAUAAAUUAUCCGAACUCACCAAACCAUUCGUUAUCCAAAAUAAUAAAUGUUCAAUGUGUGAAUUAAAAUUAGAUUUCCCCGUGAUUCAUUUUAAAUGUCGACAUUCAUUUCAUCAGAAAUGUUUAUCUACAAAUCUAAUCAUGAAUGAAGAUGGAUUUGAUGGUAAGAAUGAGACUCCACAAUGUCCGGUAUGUAUUGGACAUGCUAAUGAGAUUAGAAAUGUUAAGGCGAGUCAAUUUAAAUCAAAAGAGAAUUAUGAAGUAUUCUUGUCGUUAUUACAUGAAAGUAAAGAUAAAUUUAAAUUUAUUGCUGAUUAUUUCGGGAAAGGUGUAAUGGAAAAUGAAUCAAUUACAAUGUUGAAUGAUUGA